AUGGCGGCCUCGGCCCCCUUCGACUCAGACGACGCAAACGCGCUGAAGAAGAUGAGUCCGCAGGACGUGGAGGCGCUUCUGCCGGCGUCGUACUCACAGCUGCUGGGCAGCGGCAGCUACGGCUGCGUGUAUACCGUCGACUACGAAGGACAGACCUGCGUCCUGAAGGUCCCGCACUGCGCCGGCGACUCCAGCUUGAGGAGAGAGAUGGAAUUACUGCAGCGCAUCGCCGGGGCCGGCGGAGCCCCCGUGCCCUUGGCCUUCUGUCCGGAGAGUCACGCCCUCCUCAUGUCCUUCUGCGGGAAGGCCAGCCUGAAGCAGCAUUUGAGCCGAGGGGCGAGGUCUGGCGGCUUCUCGCUCCAGCAUGUCCUAUGUCUGGCCCUGCGCGUGACGGAGCGCCUUCUGGAACUCCACCGGGCCGGCUUCGUCCACUGUGACCUCAACUGCAACAACGUGACGGUGAAGCUGGACGCCGCGCGGAAGCUGGAGUCCGUCCACAUCAUCGACUACGGCCUCAGCGCCCGCAUCGGGGAGAGGCGGCCGCCCCGGACCAAGCCCGAGUGGUAUAUUCAGUGCUAUUGCGACUGCACCUACAACGGCUCUCCGAUAUUGCCGUUGUGCGACCUGCCCGGCCUCGGCACCGUCCUCUAG